AUGGCCUGUAAGAGAUUAACUCUCAACUGCUUUGUAGAUCUAACGCCCAAAAAGACAGGCUUUGCAAUCGAGAUGGAAUUGCGUGCAACACGGUUCAGUCGUGUGGGUGGCCACAUUUGUGCAUCUAGCAGCAAGCAUGAGCAUAGAGCAAAGCAAGAUAUCCGAAACCAGGGCACAGGCUCUUGCUGUUUUCGUCCCGCCUUCCGAACCGAGACAGAACCGAGCGGUGACACACUGGAGCUGCAGGGCAAGCCUGCCUAUCACACGUUUCUUGUGUUACCGUUCAUCAUUCAUUUGCCCGUUUCUCACGGCCCCAUCCGGAAUUCACCCGAAAGCACUCCGGACCGUUCGCUGGUUGCCACCAGCCAUCAAGUUGUAGUGCAUCGACACCAACUUUUGUCUCAAAACGUUGCUGUUGUAACCAUGUGCAAGUCGCGUGACAAGUCAUUGACGUGGCCUGAACUGCACUUUACGCUGGCUAGCUGCUGCUCUCUUGCAGCCGACGUGAUGUCUCAGUAA